CGUUUCAUAUCCCGUUCUUGAUAUCACCGCUGCGCUCUCCUUCACCGACCCGUCGACACUUGAUCUGCAGUUCUAACCCUGCUCGCAAUCGAAUUGAGUCUCUGACACAAUGGCCCCGAAAGCUGCCGCCGCGUCUGCGUCUCCCUCGCCGGAGAAAGGCUCGGGAAAGAAGGCGAAACCAAGCAAGUCCUCCAAGGGAUCAACACCCGCCGCCGGAACCCCGGUUCGGACUCCCGCCAAUGCUCCAGAUGAUCCAGUCGACAUCUCUGUUCCAACUACUCUGAUUGUCGAUCCUCCAACUCCCCGGGCGGCGAAGAACGAGGAGCGCAAAUAUAAUAUGGCGCUCGUGGUUCUCACCGUCCUGGCGUUCUACACUCGGUUCUAUCUUCUCAACCACCCCGAUCAGGUCGUUUUCGACGAGGUUCACUUUGGCAAGUUUGCUAGCUAUUAUUUGCAACGAACUUACUUCUUCGACGUUCACCCCCCUUUCGGCAAACUUCUUUUCGCUUUCGUAGGAUGGCUAGUAGGCUACGACGGCGCAUUCUUGUUUGAAAACAUUGGCGACGGAUACACGCAAAACAAAGUGCCGUAUCUGGCCUACCGUGCGCUGCCGGCUCUGCUUGGAUCACUCACUGUCCCGGUCGUCUUCCUGACCAUGAAGCAUAGCGGCUACAGUCUACCUGCCUGCAUCGUGUCGGCUUCCAUGGUCCUUUUUGAUAACGCCCACAUUACACAGACCAGACUGAUUCUGCUCGACGCUACAUUGAUCUUCUCCAUGGCCUGUACUAUGUACUGCUACGUGAAGUUCAUGCGCUACCGCAAUGCAGCAUUCAGCUGGAGAUGGUGGAUCUGGCUCAAUCUUACGGGUGUCUCCCUUGCAUGCACUAUUGGUACAAAGUACGUCGGUGUCUUUACAUUCUUCACCGUUGGAUUGGCUGUUGUGAUUGAUCUCUGGAAACUGCUGGAAGUGAGAUCGGGAUUGACUCUGCGACAAUUCGCAAAACAUUUCUUCGCGCGUGCAUUCUCUCUGAUUGUACUGCCGUUCAUGCUAUUUCUGUUCUUCUUCCAGAUCCACUUCUGGGUUCUCAACAAGUCCGGUCCCGGCGAUGAUUUCAUGUCCCCUGAGUUCCAGGAGACUUUGGGCGACAGUCCGAUUUCGUUGGUGUCGAGACCGAUCAACUACUACGACAAGAUCACUCUGCAACAUAAGGACACAAAGACCUUCUUACACUCGCAUGUAGAUCGGUAUCCUUUGCGCUACGACGACGGUCGUAUCUCAUCGCAGGGACAGCAGGUUACUGGAUACCCGUAUGAAGAUGCAAACAAUGAGUGGAUUAUCAUGCCGGCUGUACCGUUUCCUGAGGAUAAGAAGUCUGGCCACGGCGUCAAGGGCGGCGACGUUAUCCAGCUGCUUCACGUCGGAACCAACACAUACCUGCUUACUCACGAUGUGGCUUCUCCGCAUUAUCCCACCAAUCAGGAGUUUACUACCGUGAGCCCUGACGAUGCGGCCGGUCCUCGUCACAACGACACUCUGUUUGAGAUCCGUUUUAAUAACGGCAAACGGGAUCCGUUCCGAACAGUUGCUAGCUUGUUCAAGUUGAUUCAUGUACCUACCAAGGUUGCGAUGUGGACGCAAGACGAGAAGCUGCUUCCGGAUUGGGGAUACAAGCAGCAGGAAAUCAACGGAAACAAGAACUCGGCUCAGGCGUCAAACACCUGGCUUGUUAAUGCUAUCGUUGACAUGGACCCGUCAGAUAGCCGGACAAAGGUGGAACCCAAGGCAGUAAAGCAUCUUCCUUUCCUCACAAAAUGGCUUGAAUUACAGAUUGCCAUGUUCCGCCACAACAAUGCGCUUACUGCCUCGCAUCCCUACGCAUCCCACCCUCCCGAGUGGCCGUUCAUGCUCCGCGGAGUUUCUUUCUGGACAGACAGUAACUCCCGAUCACAGAUCUAUCUGGUCGGUAACCCUCUUGGCUGGUGGUUUGCUAUCUGCUGUCUGGCUGUUCUUGCCGGUGUUUUGGUUGCCGACCAGCUAACGAGGCGGCGACGGUUUUACAUCCUGGCUGAGAAUGUGCGCAACAGACUCUACAGCUCUGCUGGGUUCUUCCUGCUUGCAUGGGCUGCGCACUACCUACCAUUUUACGUCAUGGGAAGACAGCUUUUCCUGCACCACUAUCUACCGGCGCAUCUCGCAUCGGCUUUGGCUGCUGGCGCUCUGCUCGAUUUCUUCUUUGGCAACCCGGGUGCCUUCCCAGUAGCCUACCCCCCCGAAGGCUCGAACGCCAACAAAGAAACCAAGGCUUCAAGACCCCCUACAGUCUACCCGAUCAGCAACGGAAUCAGCUGGAUUGUUGCGGGCGUCAUCGUCGGAUUUCUCUACGGAGUGUACAUCUUCUUCAGCCCGUUCACGUACGGCGAUCCUGGGUUGGAUGUCGACCAGGUUCUGUCUCGGAAGUGGUUGAACUUCGAUCUGCAUUUCGCAAAGUAAGGCGGCUGGUCAAUGAACAUUGAGAAGGAUUUGUCAAAUAGUAUCUUUUCUUUGUGUAAAAAUAGGAGACUUUAGUCGAGAGAAUAGAUUUUAUGAUUAUGAA